UACCCUCACAAAUUAAUUAGUUUUGCUUGACACAAGCAGUGAAGUGAGUCCGACAUCGAUAACAUUACUUCAAUAGCUGAAGCAAAAACUGGAACAUCAAAUUUGUCUGAUUUUGGAAUCAAUAAUGGAAGAGUCACCGGAAAGGUGGCUUCGUUUUUUGGAAAUGGAUGAGUGCAAUUUAUUUGGUCACAUGCACUCUCUUGUGGAAGUGUUCAAGGGGGAGAAUCUAGUGCAACAAGAAAAAUCUUGCAAAAGUCACCCUUGUGAUUCAAAUAUCACUAAAGAAAGCACCACCAUCCUUCUUAGGAACCCUAUAAAUGAUUCAUCAUCUUUGGAAAAGAACCCUGGCUUUGAUAACCGUAGUAGUCUCAAACAACAUGCAUCUCAAGAUGAACCUCUCUUCUCAUCCUCCUCAAUGCCCUACACUCUUUCAUUUGAAGAUUCAACGGCAGUGCCAUAUGUUCUCAAUAAAACAUGCCAAUGUUAUCAUGGUGAAAAUUCAAAGGAAACCCAAGAAGAACCAAAAAAUAAUAGAAAAUCUAAGAGGGGUAGAAGCUCUUCUGAGAUACAAGAUCACAUAAUGAGUGAGAGAAAGAGGAGAGAGAAUAUCGCCAAGCUGUUCAUAGCACUUUCAGCUGUUAUUCCGGUGUUGAAAAAGAAGCGUGUAAAGGAUUUAGAGGAAGAGAGCAAAAAGAGAAAAGUAGAAUAUGCAGUAUGCUUCAAAACGAACAAAUACAAUAUUGGUACUGUUGUUGAUGACUCAGAUAUACCUAUCAAUAUACGUCCCAAAAUUGAAGCAAGAGUCUCAGGAAAAGAUGCGCUCAUCAAAGUUAUGUGUGAGAAACGAAAGGACAUUGUUGCUAAGAUCCUGGGCAAGCUUGCAGCUCUUAAUCUCUCAAUAGUUUGCUGCAAUGUUUUGCCGUUUGCAAAUUCCGCUCUGAACAUUACUUGCAUUGCUCAGAUGGAUCAUGAAUUCACCAUGACACUGGACGACCUAGUGAAAAUUUUGACUGAGGACUUGUUCGACUGCUGUAACUAAACUUGUGACAACAAUAAUGAACACCCAACUGCAGGUAUACAAAUAAAGUGCAAUAUAGGUUUUACAAGGACAAAGCUACUCGAAGGCCAGGUGGUUGGUGGGCAUAAUAAGGGCCUAAUUAGGCAUUUUGUUUUCGCAUUGUGUAUGUAUUAAAUUUUUGUUACAUAAAGUUAGUUGUAUUUCUAAUAAUCUAUGCAUAAUGCAUGCAUUCUGAGUGGAAGAAUGGAUAAUUUUUUUAAAUUAGCGUUAAAAAUUACUUAUA